AUGGUCGCACCGGUCACAUCUGCAGCGGGCAUCGUCGCUCUUCUCGACGAGCAAGAGUCCGAGCUUCAGUCGUACGCGCUCAAGCGUCUCGACUCUCUAGUCCACCAAUUCUGGGCAGAGAUUGCAGAUGCCAUCUCCAAAAUCGAGAUCCUCUACGAAGAUGAGCGCUUCCCCGACCGUCAGCUCGCCGCCCUCGUCGCCUCCAAAAUUUACUUCCAUCUCGGAGAGCACGACGAGGCGCUUAUGUUUGCUCUCGGCGCCGGUCCUCUGUUUGAUGUAGAGAUCAAGGACGAGUACGUAGACACUGUCGUCUCCAAGGCCAUUGACCGAUACAUUCAGGACACGGCCCCAAUCACUGCCGCUACCAUCACGCCAGAAGCUGAUGCCCCUGCUGUCGGAAAUGGAAAAGCCGCUGCCGGAAAGCCUGCCGUGAUCGACCCGCGGUUGAAAAACAUCGUCGACCAGAUGUUCGCUCGCUGCAUCGCAGACAAGGAGUUCAAGCAAGCACUCGGUAUUGCCCUUGAAACGCAACGUUUGGACGUCAUCGAGGAGGUCUACUCAGUCACUCAAGAUGCGGACCUUCUGACGUAUGUUCUGGAGAGCAGUAUCGGUGUUGUGCCUUCCAUCGAGGUCCGAAACCAGAUCCUUCACCUCCUCGUCAAGCUCUUCCAGAGACUGCCCAGCCCAGAUCACUUUAGCAUCGGCCAGUGCUACGUCUACCUCAACUCGCCCAACCUCGCCUCGGAGCUUCUGUUCGACCUCAUCCAAAAGGCGCAUCAGCCUUCCAGCUCCUCGCAGGCCAACACACCUCACGACCCUCUUCUCGUCACAUAUCAGCUUGCAUUCGACUUGGCAGAGAGUGCCACUCAGGAGUUCCUCGAGAACGUACGAAGGGAUCUGUCGUCCAAAUCUUCCACCCACGCUCCCGCCGUCAAGACCGAGACCGCCGACGCCGAUGCCGACAUGAACGGCGCGAGCGAGUCGGAAGCGUCGACGGUGCAGUCGUGCAUCGAGCGCGUACGUUCCAUCCUCCAGGGCGAGGAGAGCAUUCAGCUCUACCUCGAGUUCCUCAAGCGCUCCAACAAGGCCGACCUGCCCAUCCUCAAAGCCACCAAGGAGGCGCUCGACGCUCGAAGCUCCAUCUACCACUCGGCACUCAGCUUUGCCAACGCCUUCAUGAACGCCGGUACCACCUCGGACAAGUUCCUGCGUGAAAACCUCGAGUGGCUCGCAAAGGCGUCCAACUGGUCCAAGUUCACCGCCACUGCGGCGCUCGGUAUCCUCAACAAGGGAAACCUCAGGGAAGGCAUUAGCAUCCUCCGACCCUACCUGCCGCAGGACGGUGUUACGAGCAGCGUCUACUCGGAGGGGGGCAGUCUGUUCGCUCUCGGUCUCAUCCACGCUAACCACGGCGCCGAGGUCAUGGAGCUGCUGACCAACACGCUCAAGAGCAAUCCCGCCGAGAUCGUUCAGCACGGUGCUGCUCUCGGUCUCGGUGCCGCUGGCAUGGCCACCGGUAACGAGGAGACCUACGAGGAGCUGCGCAACGUGCUCUAUACCGACUCUGCCGUGGCUGGUGAGGCGAGCGGCUACGCGAUGGGUCUCGUCAUGCUCGGCACCGGAUCCGAGCGCGCGGUCGAAGAGAUGCUCCAGUACGCACACGAGACGCAGCACGAAAAGAUCAUUCGCGGUCUGGCCAUCGGCAUCUCGCUCCUCUUCUACGGCAAGGAAGAGAAAGCCGAGACGAUGAUCGACACGCUGCUCGCCGAUAAGGACGCCAUUCUGCGCUACGGAGGUGUGUACACCAUCGCGCUCGCCUACGCGGGCACUGCGAACAACAAGGCGAUCCGCCGGAUCUUGCACAUUGCCGUCUCGGACGUUAGUGACGAUGUUCGUCGUGCGGCGGUGACGUCGUUGGGCUUCCUGCUGUUCCGCAACCCGACUCAGGUGCCUCGGAUCGUGCAGUUGCUUUCUGAGUCGUACAACCCGCACGUGCGAUACGGGUCCACGUUGGCUCUGGGCAUCGCCUGCGCCGGCACUGGACUCGAUGAAGCCGUCGACCUGCUCGAACCCAUGACCAAGGAUCCCGUCGACUUUGUCCGUCAAGGAGCCUGCAUCGCACUCGCUAUGAUCUUCAUCCAGCAGAACGAAGCUCUCAACCCACGUGUCACCAACGCGCGCAAGACGUUCGACAAGAUCAUCGCCGACAAGCACGAGGACGCGAUGGCCAAAUUCGGCGCCGCGCUCGCCCAGGGUCUCGUCGAUGCUGGUGGACGAAAUGUCACCAUCUCGCUGCAGAGUCGGGGGGGCAGUGCGAACAUGCCCGCGAUCGUGGGGAUGGCACUGUUUACGCAGUUCUGGUACUGGUUCCCGCUGGCGCACUUUUCGGCGCUCGCAUUUACGCCGACUGCGCUGAUCGGGUUGAACCGCGAGUUGAGGAUUCCGGAGUUCGAGUUUGUCAGUGAAGCAAAGCCGUCUCUGUUUGCGUAUCCGACAUCGUUCAAGGUGGCGACGGAGAAGAAGGUGGAGCGGGUCGAGACGGCGGUGUUGUCGACGACGGCGAAAUCGCAGGCGCGACAGAGGAACAAGGAGCGCGAACGCGCCCAAGCUGAGGGCGAGUCGAUGGAUGUUGACGACGCCCCCGUGAAGAAGGACGAUGGCGAUGUGGCCAUGGACGAGGAUACGGGGAAGAAGAAGGGCAAGAAGGAGAGGAAGCAGGAGCCCAAGUCCGAGUUGUUGCCCAAUUACUCGAGGGUGACACCGGCCCAGGUGAAGUUUGUCAACUUCCCAGCGGAGUCGCGCUUUGUGCCCAUCCGUCCUGUGCAGGGCUUGGGCAGCAAGGUGCGUCAGGACGUGUACAAUACGUCGAGCGUGGCGGGUAAGAUGUUGGGUAACGCCUCGCCUGCUCCGGGGGCUAGUGGGACUGUUACCCCUUCUCCGAACACCGCUGUUGGUGGUGCAAAGUCGUUGCACCAGCAAGCGCUGGCCAACGCCACCGCCGAGACUGCGCCGACUUCGGCGGGUCCGACCGCCGAACAGGCACGCAGCAUCCUCACCUCGUCCAUCGGCGGCACAGGUGGGAUUCUGCUCAUGAUCGACCGAAAACCUCACGACGCCUUCCGACCGCUCAAAAUCGGGGAUUCGUCCGACGACGCUCCCGCCAACAACAACACCGACGCCGCAGCUGCAGCUGAUGAUGACGAGAUCAGCCCCGAGGACGCCGCUGCGAUCGCUGCCGCUAUGGCCGCCGACGACGACGGGGAUGAUAAGGUCAACAGUGUCGCCGACGAGAGGAGGAGGCGCGAUGGCGAGGGCGAGGGAGGGAAUGGUGGCGCUGGGAUUGGCGGUGGGCUGCCGGAGGCUAGAUAG